AUGGGGAGCAAACGAUUGACUGAAAGCAUCUUUGCAUCCUAUGAUUAUGUCCAUCGAUUCGACGAGCAAAGCAAACAUUUAUCACUUUCGUUGAAAAGCUCCCAACAGCGAAAGAAUUCCAUUCAUCGAACAGCAUCGAGUCAAGAAGAAACAUCUGAUGAUAUUCUAACAGAUUUAUCAUCCAUGCCAUACAUGACAUGCAAACAAGUGACUCACAAACGUAAUCGACGAUUCAGUGAACUGAAGCCAGCACACAUUCAACAAGUUCAGAACAAGAAUUCCGAACGACGAAAUUCCACGUCACAAAUCAACUUUGGUGCCUUACUUCCAAAUCCUUUUCGUUCUAAUAAACAUUCCAAAAACAUCAACAAAGACGACACAAACACAUUAACUAAUUCUUUCAAUAGUAUGUCCUCGUUACAUCACAAUGAUAUGAUGAGAGCGAAAAACGAAUUGCCUUCGUCAAUGAUAUUAUCCAAUUCAGCAUUGAACCACUCUCGAACAAAUUCAACUGUCAGUAACGAGCGGUUAGCUUCAGUUAUACAAGAAGAUUCUCGGACGUCGUCUGUCUCAUCUGCUACGUCGUUGUUCUGUUAUGAGAUCAGUUCGAAUGAACCAUACUCAGCUCAUUCGCUCACACUAGAAUUACAAACACAGACAUGUGUAGCAGAAAUUUACCGAGAGUAUUUCUUCGAAUAUUUUCAUACAAAUUAUUGUGGAGAAUUUGAACAAGAAGGACCAUUUAUUGCGUCGUUAAGAUAUUUUUAUAUAAAAUCAUUCGAUGACACAGAUGUACAUUGCCAAGCACGAGCAAUUAUUCGCACAGCGAGUCGUAACGAUCAUGUUUCUGUAUUGGUUGAUAGUACCAAUGAAGAAAAUAUCCUGCAAGUCUUGUUCAAUCAAGCUAAUCUAUCCACAGUUCAAACGUGUAAAACCAUUGGCGAUCCAAAAGCAAAUGAGAAGAUUUAUGCGUUCGAUAAAUUGAAUGACGAAAGGCAAAACUGUAAAAUCGGACUUAUUUAUCAACGUUCAGAUCAAACGAUGGAAUACGACAUCUUCAGCAAUGACCUCUUAUCUGUCGAUUUAUUGAAUUUUCUACAAAUCCUAGCCGAGUGUGUACGUUUGAAAGGGUUUACGAAGUAUCGAGGCGAUCUGGAUACUAAAGAUGAUUUACACGGAGAACAUUCCUAUUAUGCUCAAUAUAAGAAUCACGAAAUUAUGUUCAAUGUUGCUCCGAUGAUCCCAUCGACAAAAGCCAAUGGACAGUGUAUUGAACGUAAAGGGCUUGUUGGCAAUGCCUUCGUUUGCGUUGUUUUCCAAGAGCCCAACGCGGAAUUCUCACCCGAUUUCAUUUCUGGUAAAGUCACACAAGUAUAUAUUACUGUCCAACCACAUCGAAUUAACGAACAAGUUUAUUAUAAAGUUGGUAUUUGGCAUCGUAACGAUAUGACCAAAUCAAUUCAGCCCCCCGGUGGAAUGUAUCAAUGUGAUAGUUCAUUUCGAGAGUAUUUUCUUACUUUAUUGCUCAAUUCAGUACAUAUAGCAAUUGAAUCGCCCAGCCUUCGUGGUCGAGUAGCCGAACAAAGACAACGAUUGAAACGUGAAGAACUAAGAAAACUUUCCCAAGCACUAUGCAUGGGUCAGUGUGCAACGAAUGAAACCGAUGUUGAAAGCAUUAAUCAUCAAGUUGAACAACGUUCUACUACACGUGGUGAUCAUGGCCUCAAUCUAACCAUGGACAAUCCGGGUACAACUUCUGGUCGUACAAUGCGUGGUUUUUAUAAGAUCUUCGGCGUCUUCUCUGGUCGACAAGGCUCGAUAUCAUCAACAAUGCCAUCUCCAUCAUCGAAUACACCUUUAAAUUUUACUAGUCCAGACGUAUCCCCUGCUACACCACCAUCACCGGACAUGAAUGCUAUGCAUAAUAAGACACUGCCGAUAGGCAAUAAAGAUUCUAUUAAACGAACAACAUCGGCGAAGGGCCGUCCGGCGCCACCACCGCCUCCUCAAAUUACGGUACCACCGCCAUUACCUCAAGGUGCGGCACCGCCCGUUCCACCCCGAAUACCGAUUUCAAAGUUCCCAAGUAUAUCAACAACUCCAUUAUCUAGUUCACUAACUUCCCAAACUUCUGAUUCUAACACCACACCAAAUGACAGUGUAUUAUCCCAACCAACGUUUUUGAACACAACCGCUUUGGAAGAAGCGUCAAAAAGUCGAUCAAAUUCAUUACCAGAAAAUAGUACUAACACAACGACCAAACUCAUUGACAUGUAUAUGAUACGAGCAUUUAAUGAAGCCUGCAAGCUUGAAUUAACGAUUUUUUUUCUUCGUUAUUAUUUUAGACCUUCAAUACCAGCGGUACCAAGCAUUAGCGAGGCGCAGGACAAUAUCAACAACUCUAUUGGUGAAGAUGUUCGAGGUGAAUUUAGCGAAGUUGACAAACUGGAACAUCGCCAAGCCACCAUUAAACCUUCCUUACCAUUGGUGGAAGCAAACGCAAAUCUAUAG